AUGGAAUGGAAAUACCAGUACAAUCAGAAGAUACAAGAACAACAACAAAGGGAGAAGCAGUAUCAAGCAGUUUGGCAGCAACAGCAGCAGCAACAACCACCGCAGCUACAACAAGAGCAACAGGAAAUUCAUCUACAAGAGGCGCAGCAGCAAACGCCACCACCGCAACAUUCAUUGUCACAACAACAAAUACAAAAAUUACAAAACACAAAGCAGACACCUUUAUCAAAACGUCGAAAACAACGAAUUAACCAAAAGAAACGAGACGACAAUAAAAAGUUACCUACAGUAAUCGAUUGCGUACUAAGCGGUAUGGCAAGCGCUGGCGUUGCUGUUUUCAUGGGUGUUGUUGGUGUUGCCAUUAUGGCCGCUGACCUGUAA